AUCCUCCUCCUCCCCCCUCUGCUCCUCGCCAUCACCACCUUCGCCGCGCUCUUCCUCCACUCGGACGUCGACAUCGCCCUCCUCUGGUCCCGCUGCCACGCGCGCUCCGAGAUCCCGGCCCUGAGCCGCGUGCCCCUGCUGGGCACCCCGAGCUGCUUCCUCGUCAGCUUCUUCCACAGCGCGCUCGACUCGCUGCGGUCGCGCGCCGUCAUGGGCGCGGUGCUGGCGUACGUCGGCGCGCUGGCGACGGUGUGCACCGUCGAGGCGGCGCGCAGGUGCAACCGCGCGAGCGGGCUGAUUGCGCGGCCGACGGCCUGGUGGCUGCUGUUCAACCUGCUGGGCGGAGCGGUGGUGUGGCAGCUGGUGAUUGUGCCGGCGUUUUUGCACCGGGCAAAGGCCCUGGUCGCAGCGGCCGAGGAGGAUCAUGACGAUAGAGACGAAGAAGAGGGAGGUCGGACGGCGGAGGACAAGAGGCUCGAGGAGAGGACGCUGCCGGAUUCCGAGGCCGUGGCCAUCCCCAUUGCCGUCGCGGUUGGCUACUUUGUGCCGUCGGCGCUGAUGCUGGCGUUCAACUCGCCUGCGACCAUUGGCGUCUGGCUGUUCUUCCCUCUGUACGUUUCGAUUGUGCGGCAGGUCGUGCGAGGCAUCGUCGAGAGGAUCCGGCGCGUUAGCCCCGUGAGCAUCCACCACGAGUCGCACUGGCAGUGCGUCGUGCUGGUGUACGCGCUGCCCGUUGCGGUGUCUAUCGCGGCGCACGUGUUUUUGCUAUGGAGCGUUGCGCAGCGUCACGAUGACCGUAAGAAGAUGACGAGGCUGACGCUGAGCUUCAUCGAGAUUGACGUGCAGUUUGUCGCGUGGACGGUGCUGUACUGGGUGUUUGCGGAAAGCGGGUGGAGGGUGCCGCUGGGGAUGGUUGCGAUUUCGGUGGUUGCUGGGCCGGGGGCGGGGGUUUGCUUGGGGUGGUUGAUUCGGGAGAGGGUGGUGAGGCGUGUGUUUGCUGGGAGGGCGGGAGGUGGUGAGGAGGAGGAUGAUGAGCGGGCGGGUGAGGAGAGGCCUUUGUUGGGGUGA